CCCCCCACCUUGCCCUCUCCUCUUUCCCUCCACUUUUUUCCCCAUUUUCAUCUCCACCUUUCCCUCUUUUCCUUUCCACCACCUCUAAUGGAGUAUAAAUAAACCUCAAUGAAUUGUUUGAGUUCUUUCUCCUUUUCCCCCAUUUUCCCUCUAGCACUAUGAAUCCCAAAUACAAACAAAAUCUUUCCACAUUUUCUCUCUCUAUGAACUCCUAUCCCUCCCUCCCUCCCUCAAUCUCUAUAAAACACCAAAGCCUGAUUCGAUUUUAAUUUUUUUGCAUUUUCAGGAUCUUAAGUCUUAACUUCAUUAAAAUCUCAACUUUAGACCAAACCCGGUCUCCUUUUUUUCGUUUCCACCUUGUCUCUUAUCAAAAGAUUCAAGCAUUAAUAAGAUCCAAUCUUCCUACAUUUCCUCUCUCUCUCUCUCUCUCUCUCUCUAAAACCACAAAAAGCCUGAGUUUUUGUGCAUUUCAGGACAAAAAUCAGAGCUUUAGACCAAACCCAGUCUUUGUUCUUCAUUUCCAUCUAGUCUCUAAUCAAAAAAUUCAAGAACAAGUAAGAUCCAGUCCUUCUGCAUUUCCUCUUUCUCUCUCUAAAGCGCAAAGCCCGAAUCUUUAUCCAUUUUGAGGACCUUUUAACUUCAUCAAAAUCACAACUUUAGACCAAACCCAGUCAAGAGGUUCAAGAACCACCAAAGACCCUUGAAAAUAGAUACACUUUCUGCAUCUACACACACCUACACAGAUGUCAACGCCACUAGAGCCACAGCAGCAACCACCGCCGCCGCCGCCACUAGAAGUGACCCAACAAGCUUACACAUCCCAAUCUGGUCACGGGUCAAUCGGACCCGUAAUCGGGGUCCUGGCAGUGAUAACAAUACUGGGCGCCAUUGCUGUCAUGAUCGGGCGCCUCUGUUCGGGUCGGCGGAUCAUGGGUCACGGGCAGUACGACUUCGAAGGAUGGGUCGAGGCCAAAUGCGGGUCCUGUAUCGACGGCCGGGUCGACCCGCCUACUCCUCCUCAUCGUCCUCCGCCGCGGCAGCCUCCUUCGGGUCGGGUCGAAAGUGGGAGCAGCAGUGCGAGAGUUAGCAGCGGCGUGCCAGAGGCGGGUCCGACGCAAUCGGGUCAGGAAGCGAGAGAUGAAGGAGUGACCCGACCCGACUCGGGUGGGAGUGCUAGCGCUGGUUCUUGAAAUUGGGUGGGUUAUGCUUUUCUUUUUAGAUCCGAUUUUCAGGAAAAAUUAUUCAGUGCUUCCGACUACCACCAUUUGGCAGUGGCAGGGUGCUGAAUAAUCUCUCUAUUUUUUCAGGUGUGUGGGGAGAUUGGUUUCUUGGUAAGUUUACUUGAUAUCAAGCCUAUGUUGAAUUUUUGGGGGUAAUUUUAGCUUUUAUUUAUUGGGAUUUUCAGAAAUCAGAUUAUAGCAUGUGUAUCUUGAUCUUAUCAUGAGAUUACUGAUCAGAGGCGAAUCCAAAAUUUUAAUUCAGCGGUGACAAAAACAAAAGAAAUUUUUUUUUGUA